CCGUCUUUCACAGGCUAGUUCGGAAUACCUACUUGAGUUUGCCCUACAUUUCUGUUCUCAGGCAGGUCAGUGUCACAUAUACACAAGUACAUAUGUGUACAUAUGACUUGUUAUCACAGCGUGGCCACCUGUCAGACGCGGAUUUGACCAGGCGUGAAUGUACAACAGAUACAAAACCAGCCUACAAACCGAAAUGUCGUCAAAUCAAUCUCCUAAGAUGGAAUACAAUUUCCUUGGUAAUUCUGGCCUAAAAGUGUCUAAUAUCUGUCUGGGGACAAUGACAAUGGGGACAUCGGCCAUUAGCCCAUUUUUUAGUGCCGACAACCCGAGCCAAAUGAACGAGGCCGACUCCCACCAGAUGCUAGACCGUUUUGCCGAGUUGGGUGGAAAUUUCCUGGACACAGCCGACAUUUACUCUGCGGGCGGCUCAGAGGAAAUCGUCGGUAACUGGCUGUCAAAGAACGAAAGGGAGCGUUUUAUCGUCGCUACAAAGGUGCGUUUUGGCUGGAACCGGACAGAACCGAACGGUACCGGACUGAGCCGAAAACGAAUCAUGAGCUGUAUAGACAACAGCUUGAGGAGGUUAAAGACGGACUACGUGGAUUUAUAUCAGAUACAUUGCUGGGACGAAGCCGUGCCUAUUAAAGAAACCCUCGGGGCCCUCAACGAUCUCGUGCGAUGCGGGAAAGUGCGGUAUGUCGGAGGGAGUAACUUGACUGGCUGGCAGCUUCAAAAGAUUACAGAUUUGUGUGAAAAAAUGGGAUUUUCUCAGUUUAUUAGUCUGCAGCAACAGUACAACUUGCUCACCCGGGAGAACGAGUUUGAAGUUGUGGACGUCUGUAAGAACGAAGGAAUUGGGAUCAUACCUUGGAGUCCACUCAAAGGAGGACUACUUACCGGCAAAUACAAACGCCACGCUAAGGUGCCCGAAAAAACUCGCAUGGGGUACAAUCAACAGGUGAAAAUUGCACCAGAGUACCAGAAAGUCAUGGAAUCUGACCGUUACUGGAACCUGGUUAAAGUGUUAGAUGAUAUCUCCAAAGAAACAGGUAAAACUGUAGCCCAGGUCUCAUUACGCUGGCUGCUUCAAAAGGAAUGUGUCCCGUCUGUCAUCAUCGGGGCGACCAAGAUCUCCCAGGUGGAGGAUAACAUUGGGGCUUCCACAGGCUGGAGCCUCACCGCCGAUCAGAUGAAGCAGCUUGACGAAGCCUCCAAACCAGACCUGCCUUAUCCUUACAACUUUUUGAAGAACAUGAAUGCAGACCGUUGCAACAAAUCUAAAAUUUAAACCAAAUUGUAAUAAUUUUCCUCUCCAUUUCUUCAGAAUCUUGUUCAGUUUAUCAUUGAAGUACGGUAGGCCCCUGACAG